AUGGUUCGUACACCUGAAGAAACAGAUUUUGAAAUUAAAUCAAAACAAGUUUUAACUGCUGCCACAUUUGAAUCUGUAGAUGAUAUAGAAGGAGAUUUGAUAGCAAAUCAUGCUAAGCAUGUUAUUAAAAUGCUUCCUGGUGGAAUGUCGAUAUUAGGUGCAUUUAUUUGUAGUCCAAAUAAUAUAUUUAAUGAGAAUUCGACAAUAUCCAAAGCCAAGUCGAUACUUCAUUAUUUACACAGAGAAUUUACAAAUGAGCCUUUAUUAAAUGCUGGCAGCCUUUUAUCGGAACAAUUAAUGUUGCAUUUUAAUACAACAGAUUCUCAAUAUAUUUGUAAAUCAUUUGAUUUCAACACACCGAAUGGUAAUUUCAAGCCGACAGAAAUCAUAUUUCAGAAUAAUUUUACAAAAUGGUGUAAAAUUUAUUGUAAUUAUGAUAUUACCUUGCCAUCCUUUGAUGGCAAUAUGUUUUGUCAUGUUAAAGAUCAAUUAAAGGUAGCAUUGAAAGAAGUUCAUCAAAAUUUAGAAACUGCUAUGAUUAUAUUAGAUGGAAAAGUUAACAAACCUGAUGAAGUUUUAGAAUCUGUUAUAAAGAAAAAAAAUCAUUCUGAUUUGAAAAAUAGCUCGAAUAAAAAUCUACCAAGUUUGAAAAGUGAAAAUUCUAGGGAUGUAAUUAUGCAGGAUUAUGAUGCAGAAUUGCAUUUAUUAGGGGUUUUAGCAUCACAAGUUUUUCUCAGUCAAAAUACGACAGUGGCAGAAGCAAUCAGAGCGAUUAAACAGGAUAUAGUUAGAUCGCUAACAGCCAGAUUUGAAAUGCAUUGGGAUUCUUUAGUAGAGGAGGAAUAUGGGUCUCCAGAUGAAACUUCUAGUAUUCAUGAGCCUCCCAGAAGAGUUUCAGUUUUAUUACCAGAGAGUGUCUUAGCUUUUAAUGAUUAUUUAUUUCCUGGUGAAGGAGCAGAUGAAGUGAUUUUUUCUUUUAAAGAAAUGCUAGAUGUAGACAUUGAUGAAAAUAAUGUAGAAAAUGAAAUUGAAAUCUUGGGGGAUCCGAUGGAAUUUUAUGAAAAAUCUUCAGGUGAGUUAUCGAAGGAUUCCUCAGAUAAACUACUUGAAUCAUUCCUUUCGAAGGGUUUAAUUAUAUUAUUUUCUAUGGUAAUUAUUUUACUCGGUAUUAUAAUAGCAUUUCAAAUUCAAAAAAAGGAUAAAAUAGAAAAAAUUGAAGAAUUUGAAAAAAAUGAUUUUUAA